AUGGAGAGCUACGGGCCUCCUCAGCUGAGGAGCAGCAGCGCAUCCAACAAACCUCACCGAAUCAACACAGAACAUGACCCAUCAUCGUCACCAGCCUCCGCAAUAUCUCCCCUCCUCCUCGAGCGACUCCAGCGAUCACGGAAGAUCGAGAGCGAUAGAAUGUCCUCCCAAUCGAGCGCUGACAAGCUAUCUUCCUCGGCUGGCUCACGACAUGUGCGAAGCCCGUCCCCGAGCAACAGCUACCGUCCGAGUUCCGGCGAGGCAAAGAAGGGUCUGGGCGUCAAGGAGAUGGAACAGACCCUGUCUACAUUGCACAAGCAGAACUUCGACCUGAAGCUGGAGCUUUACCACCGACGGGAGAAGCAGGCCGCCCUCGAGGAGAGGAUGGAAACUUUGGAGCGUGAGCUCAAAGAAAGGGACCAAUUGAACGAUUCCCUGGUACAUGAGCUCGAGAAACGGGACAAGGCCGUCGAGGAGGCCAUCGACAUGAUUGUCACGUUAGAGAAGAGGGUUGAGCAGCUCCUGCUAGAGCGGAAGAUGGUGCAGCAAGUGGAAACAGAUGACACCGCAUACCCCCGGAUCGCUUCGCCCGUCAAUACCCCGACUCCGAAGCAGAUGCGAUUGGACCCCGGUGACGCCAAGACACCCGUCCGGAUGCCGAGUUUCGUUUCGGAGCGCAGCGAGAACGCUGAUAACCUGAGAGAAGUCUACUUGGGUGCCAUUGCAGGUGAGAGCGCGUUGCACCUGCCACGACUCGCCGAAGACACGCCAGAGACCACCCGUGUCGACCCCAGGCUAGCUAGCCCCGCGCUGAGUGACCUCAGCGAGAGCUCCUUCGUCAGCGUAUAUGGCCGGACUCAUACCGUGGACGUUUCCUCGCCACCGAGAGGUUACAGCCCUUGGCCUUGGGAAGGCGAUUCAUCCAGAACCCCGGCCCCGAUUGAUUCGCCGACGAAAGUGAGAACAUCCACACCAUCCAACCAACAGCGCGCCAAUAGUUCACGAACCGCGAGUGGCCCGUACCACAGCAUUGUUGGGAUGCUCGAACCGGUGUCUUCUCCGCUCCAGCGAGUGGAGAGACUGGGUUCAACGCCAACGCCCAUGAGAGCUUCAUCGGGAACACCCACUGGAGCGAAACAGCAUUCGCCGUCCGUUCGUCCGCAGUCUUCCCACAACAGGCCGAAGUCGAAAAAGGAGAAACGAGAGGCACUUGAGAAGGUCCUCACGCAAGUGCAGUUCAGUAGCCCCCAGACAUUGCCGCCAACGCCCGACACAUUGUCCACCAGCACGCUGCCUCAGAACGACAGCCCACCAAGGGAUCGUCAGUACGCCGAGAACGGCCGCAGCUUUUUGUCUUUGACUGGAACCAACACGUCAAGGGCCUCGGGUCAACACGAGCCCAAGCCGCCUUCCCGCGCUGGCCAGACCGAUACGCCCACUCUGCAUCCCACUUUGGCUCUGGUUGGUGGGCGCGUUCGCGACGACAGUACGCCGGGUGGAGAUGGCUUAAAGUUCCGGGCCCAUCAUCGAAGGGUAUCGACAACGUCAAGCGUGGAUACCUGGCUCCGCGAAAGCAUGAAGCCAGAGGAUACGGACGGCUUGGAUCCCAUGAGCUCGGCAUCCCAAGCGGAUACAGACCCUGUUGACGAGCGUCUCUCGCCCGAUCUCUUUUCUUUCCCACCGUCCUCCAAGGCUGGCUGGGCUGCGGAUGCCAUGUUUGGAGCCCUUGCAGGGAAGGGUUACAAAGGGUAUUCCCCGACAACAGCGUCCAUCCCGGCGGACACGGAGACCGUUGAGAUCUAUACCCCCCCACUUCCUCGUUCGGGAGUUCCCAAUGGUGGAAGGAUGACCCCGGUACGCGGAACGGUCGCUCCACCGGUUCCCCCGCCCAACCGGCGCUCCAGCUUAUUCGCCCGGACUGGUGUGGCCGCUGCAGAUGUCUCGCCUGGAACGGAAGGCAUCUCGCAGCCGUCGUCGUCGUCGCGUGCUGGCCCAUCCAGCUCGCCAUACACACCGUAUACGAAUGGCAGCAACACACCCGCCACGGCAGGACGCAGCAGUAGGUCGCGGAGUAACAGCACCGAUGCCCGUUCGUCGCCCGCGCCUCGCCAUCAUUCGACCGAGCUUGGCCUGAAACAAGACCGAGCCAUGACCGUCCCGCCAAAGCAGCUCCAGGCCCCCCCUCCUGCGGCCCCGAUGCCCCCUCGGCAGCACAACUCGCAGGACUCCCCAUCGUCUCAGCCUCUUCCUGGCAAACAGCAGCGGCACUAUCCGCCCCCGGCGCAGUCUUCUCGGCCCCGCUCCCGCGGCCUCAACAGUUUUUUCCGUCGCUCGAUUUCAGGCUCAGGCGGGCCCGCCUCGGCUGGUGAUCUCCCUGCUCCCCCUGCUAGUGCCCCGCCGACGGAAACGGCUUUCCGACCUCCCCCGCCGCAGGGACAGGCCGCGAGGAACGGCUCUGGUUCGACAUCCAUGAGCAUCGGCAUGCCGUCGUGGGUGCGGCGCGGUUCGGUGGGCGAUGAAGAGCGGACCGGUGCAACACCGCCACCGAUUUUGAGGAGCAAAGCUGGCGGUGUUAUGGAGGACUCGCCCGGGUACGGACAUCGGGGCACUGGGGCGACAGAGGAGGAAGAUUUAGAUGGUGGUGUUGCCCUGGAGAACGGCGCCGGCACGCAUUAUGGACUCAGCACCGAGGUGCCGAGCACGGGUGUGAACAACGGCAGUGGUGGUGCUCCUGUGGCCACACCCCCCGCGAAGAAAUCGACAUCCCGCCGAUCAUGGGGUGGAAGUAACGGCAGCGUCUUGCCUCCGGGGAUUGAGAACCCUGAAAUGGGGGGUGCUUCGCUUGCGAACAGCAGCACCAGCAGCGGCGGUGGUGGUGGUGGUAAGAGGAAGUGGCUCGGCCUGGGACGAGUGAGCAGUUUGCGGAACCGCGGCGGGGCGUAG